AUGGCGGCCAUGGCUAACUUAGCGAACCACAUGGAAGCGAAUGCUACUGUGACUCUGCAAGCUGUUCAGAGGUUAGGCCAACCGGCGGAGAAUGGCAAUGGGAACGGAGGAGGAAAUGCCAAUGAUAAUUCUGAGAGAAACGGCGAUAACACGGGAGUAGUUUCGAUGACCUUGGAAAUGUUCCUCAAGGCACAACAUGUUCCUCUUAAUCAAUAUGUGGAUUUUGCCGCUUAUCAGCUAGCGGGAGAGGCCCAGCCCUGGUGGCAAGCUGAGUGUCGUUUGCUACAUCUUCAGAAUGCCGACAUUCCAUGGGAGGUGUUCCAAAUGGCUUUAUAUAAGAAGUAUUUCCCUGAGUCUACGAGGGAAGCGAAGGAGAUGGAGCUAAUGCAGCUGAAGCAAAGUUCCAUGUCUGUGGCCGAGUACACUAACAACUUCGAAGAGCUUUGUAGGUUUUCUCGAGUGUGUCAGGGUGACCCGGAGACUUACGAGAGCUAG